AUGGGACGCUUCUUGCACGAAGAAUUCUCGGAGGAAGAGUUCUCGGACGACGAGUUCUCGGACGAAGAUUUCAAACUGCCUACUUACCUGAAUCUGAAGCAAACAAACGGAGAAAUAAGUCCGUUGCUAGUACAGAUAUACAAGAUAUACGGCCAGGAAAUGUCUCUCUUAUCAACACCCAAGGACCCCGGCUCGAAAACGGCCCCUUGUCUAGAACUUCGUGAGGCCAAACGCCACGAGCGAUUAGCUGUUCUACAACAGACCCUCGAGGCGGAAUUUUUCAACAACGAGUACUGGUCGCGAGCGUGGAUCACCCAGGAGAUUUUCGUUGCAAAACACGCCGUUGUAAUGUUGGAGAAAGAAGAGUUGUCGAUUGCAGCAUGUAUCAACGUUCUUUGGGGUUGUGACAAAGCCGCGGUACACGACAACAAGAUCGUCAACAAAUUUGCAUCAUACCUCGGCUUCGAUAACUCGGGUCUACCGUCAAUCCAACUGGGAGGCACAAGCAAAAGCUUUCUCUCAUUGCUACGACAAUUCUCUGAUAAGGAUUGCGCAAUUCCGCGUGAUCGACUGUAUUCCCUUUUGUCACUCUAUUCAGAUGGUGGCAAGGUGGCUGUCGACUAUGCUCAGCCUGACGACGAACUGCUUUGCCACGUGGCAAAGUGCUUGUACGAACCUGUAGGUUUAUGCUCAAUCAUAAACCUCGCUAGAAGCUUGAUGCCUCAAUCCGAAUCUCUAGGAAUAGGUUUUAUCGACAUUGAUCUUCCACAUCUGGUCCUAGAAUGGGAGCCAGCAGACGCCUUCAUCUGUCAGCAUACAAUGUCGCGAGCUCAAUCGCAAUAUACGUUCCGCAAGUUGUUGGACGUCAAAUUCUCUAAAACCUCAUGUAUCUUCUUACCCAAAGUACUGGAGAUGUUACAUGGUAGGGCGACUUUGAUCGAAUCUUGGCCUACUGCCGAAGAAGAACCCGAUUUUACCUGUUAUGGCGAACGGAUGAUGGCCGUCUCAAUAUCAGAAUCUGGAGCGCAAUUCGACGACAUUAUGUCGCGCAGCGGUAAGAAUGUUGGCCCCAGUACAUUACGCAUGUACGCACAUGACUUCGGUAUUUGGAUGGCUAACAAGGAAGACAAUAUCUGGACGGUGCGUAUUCGACUGAGCCUACUCUGGAAAAUGUUUGGAACAGCGAAUGCAAAGGAGUUGUGUAACAGUCUGCAUCGAUUUUCCUAUGGUGGGAUCUGUACACAUGUAAGGUUGGGAUGUGGACCUUUGAAUCUGGGUCUUAGAGUCUGA